AUGCCAGACAGCAGCGGCGCGACCGUUUUCGAUGACCUGCCGGAGUGGCUCGUCGUCGACGAGAUCCUCUUCCGGUUGCCGCCAAAGGACGUACUUCGCUGCCGCGCCGUCCGCAGGUCGUGGCGCAGCGGCACUUCCACCGACAAGUUCAUCGUCGACCACCACCGCCGCCAGCCCUCGCUCCCCAUCAUCGAGCACCGGAAGGGCAUCUGCCACCUCCCCGUCCUCAGUGGCGCUGCUGCCGGUGUCUCCACUGAUAAAAAGAUACGGCUCUUCAUCCGGUACACCCCUGCUACCAUAGUCGACGUUAUACACCACGGCGCUUGUGACGGCCUCCUCAUCCUGUCGGAGCAAGAUGAUUUCUACAUCUGCAACCCGACCACCCGCAGGUGUGCUUCUCUGCCACAUCCUCCACUACGACCAGGCCUCAGCUCGGUCACCGUAGUCGCCUUCUACCGGCACCACGCAUCUGGAGAACACCGGGUUCUCUGGGUGGUCAUGAGCCACGCCAGAGUUGAAUAUGAAUCGCCUGAUUACUUCGUCCUCACGGUGGGAUCAGACCAGCCAAGACUCAUCCAGUGGCCGAUAGCUUCUCCUGCCGCUGAGUCCUCCACUUGCCCGCCGGUGCAUCAUCGUGGUAGCCUGCACUGGCCAAUGGGCCUCAGCAUUACCGUAUUUGACACCGUAGCCGAGACAUUCCGCCAGAUGAGCCGUCCGGCGCAGCUGGGCGACAUGGUGUCAUUGCUCGACAUGGGUGACGCCCUUGCUUUGUCAAGCACCACACUUGAAUGCGUCACCCUAGAUGUCUGGGUGUUGCAGGACUAUGACGCCGAGACUUGGGGCUUCCAGUACCGGAUUAACUUGCGAGCUAUUGUGGCAGCGCCGCCGCUUGAUUUGCAAGUGAAAUAUGUCCCGAGGAUGGUUGCAAUCAACGAGCGCGAGCUGUUGAUCCAGGUGGGUUGGCGUCUGCUGCAUUGUGGCAUAGAUGGUACGUUUCUAGGAAAUGUUGAAAUCGAAGAGCAUGAGAACUACCUGACGCUUACUAAGCAUCGCCUCCAAGAGAGCAUGAUUUCGCUUCCGUUGUUUGAGAGGCAAGAAGAAGAAGAGGCUGUGAACAAUGUGCCUCCAUUCCUCAUAGUGUUGUAA